AUGGGAAAACCACUUGAAGAUAUCACCGACGUCAAGUCGGCAUCUGUUCCUGCUACCGAUAUGGGCGUUGGUAGCACCGUCAUGUUUCCCCCUGGCACUGUACGUCUGGAAGACGAAAGCGCCUCAGCUCAAGAUGGCAUUAUUCUCCAGCCACGGCCUACUGAAGAUCCAAACGACCCUUUGAACUGGCCCAACUGGCGCAAGUAUCUCAACUUUGCUAUUGUUGGCUCCUAUGUGCUGUUGGUGUCUGAGUUUAUCAACUCUGCUACGCCAACCUGGGGUCCUAUGCAGAGAGAGCUGGGCUUCAGUGAUCAAGUCCUGACCGCCAGUUACGCCAUUGGAUGCGCUUUUCUCGCGAUUGGAGCUGUCAUCCUGGUUCCUUUUGCCCUCAAGUUCGGCCGUCGGCCGCUUUACAUCUUCAGUUCUCUUGUUCAAUGCGGUGUCAGCAUCUGGUCCGCAAAGCUGCAGAAUGUGGCGGACCUCCUCCUGGUUAAUGUUCUCUGUACUGGGUUCGGAGCUCUGGCCGAGGUUAUUGUCCAGAUGACGAUUGCAGACAUGUUCUUCGUCCAUCAGCGAGGAACAUUCAACAGCAUCUACAUCUGGCUCUGGCAGGUCGCAGUUUCGCUUGGUCCUUUCAUUGCUGGCUUCAUCACUGUGGGCCAAGGCUGGAGAUGGGUCUGGUGGUGGAAUGCUGUCUUCUUUGGCGUCUUCUUCCUCGUGGCCUGCUUCUGUUAUGAAGACACCAAGUAUUGCCCCGACUCGAGCGCAUCUCCCACCCAGACCGAGUCGACAGGGGCCACAAGACACGAAACCGAAUCUAUUCCCUCAAACCUGGCUACAGAUAAGAGAGAAAAUACUCGCCCAGUUUCGAAAGAAGGCCCGCCACAUGACCUGUAUGCUGUCAGAAUCGACCAUGACAUACCGCUCAAGACUUAUUGGCAACGCUUGGCUAUCACUACCCCCUCAUCUUCUGGUGGAGGUAUCAAGUUAUUCUUUGGACACAUGUACCAGCCUCUAGUUCUCCUUGGUACUGUUCCUGCCAUCGCGUACACUGCGCUUGCAUAUGGCAUCUUGAUCGCGCUGCAGGAUGUCAUGUCGACCUCGUUUUCGCUCUACAUGACUCGGCCUCCCUACAAUUUCGCCCCGAACCAAAUCGGACUCAUGAACUUGUCCAAGCUGGUUGGGAGCACAAUUGGGUCCCUGAUUGUCGGACCGGUCAGUGACGCCCUGAUUAUCUGGCUCGCUCGUCGAAACAACGGCAUCUACGAACCCGAGUCCAGGCUGUGGAGUCUCAUCCCUUUCAUCCCUUUCAUUCCUGCUGGGGCGUUGAUGGUGGGAUUUGGUCUGCAGAACGGUCUGCCGUGGCCUGUCAUCGCUGUUGGCCUUGCAUUCUACAAGCUUGGCAUCGCGCCAGUGAACAGCAUAACCAUCACCUAUCUCACUGACUCCUACAAAGACCAGAUCAUUGGUGACGCACUUGUUGGUGUCACUGUCGUUCGAAACACGUUUAGUACCAUUUUCAUCUUCGCCGUCGAUCCAUGGGUCCAUGCUGUGGGAAUCAAAUGGGUCAUCAUCACGAUUGUUCUGAUUACUACUGGGAUUCUCUCUCUGACAGCUGUCUUUAUCAAAUAUGGCAAGACGUUCCGGGCAAGAACUGCUCAGAGAUAUGAGCGUUAUGCCCUCCUUCAGUACAAGGAGAGAUGA